CGGGAGCGAAAUGCAUCUCAGUAUUUACAAAUUUCGAGUGAAGAAUCUGCCUUUGGUCGUUUCGCGUACGAAAAGCACGUGAAAUUUUGUAUAUUCGCGGAAAAGUGUCGGAAAAAAAUGCCAGAAGCAAUGGAAAACGUAUCGGAAAAGCCUAGGAUCUACCUGGAAGAGUACAAACUGAAGCAGGAUGCCAACGAUUACGGCCUGUCGGAUGAGCUGUGGGACUUUGAGCGAUUCAAGCAGCAGCUCCAAAUUGUAAUCGUUCGUUACGAGGAGAAUGAGCUGGAAUUCGAUAUGGUCGGAGUGAAUCCCGCAAUUGCCAAUGCCUUCCGGAGGUUGAUGCUCAGCGAAGUGCCCAGCAUGGCAAUUGAAAAGGUGCACAUAUAUAAUAAUACUUCGAUCAUCCAGGAUGAGGUUUUGGCUCACAGGCUGGGACUGAUUCCGCUGAGGGCCGAUCCGAGGCUGUUUGAGUAUAAAACCAAUGAAAACGAUCCGCCAAAUGCUUUGGACACGUUGGAAUUUGAACUGAAGGUAAAGUGCACCAAGAAGAAUAAGGACUCCACCGAGAUUACGAACAACGACAGCAUGUACAAGAACCACAGCAUCUACUCGGGACAGAUCAAGUGGAUUCCGGUGGGAAAUCAGGCUUCGAUCUACAAGGAAGCGGACGUUGGACCGAUUGACGAUGAUAUCCUUAUCAGUAAAAUGCGCCCUGGCCAUGAGUUCGAUAUCAAACUGUUUGCCAUGAAGGGUAUCGGGAAGGAUCAUGCCAAGUUCUCACCGGUGGCCACCGCUUCGUAUCGUUUGCUGCCGGAAGUUCGAUUGACCAGACCAGUCGUAGGAAGGGACGCUCUGCUCCUGCAGAAAUGUUUCUCCCCGGGCGUUAUCGAGAUCGAUAAGGAUGACCAGGCCUAUGUGAAGGACGCCCGUUACGACAGCUGCAGCCGGAAUGUCUAUCGUUACCCGCAGAUUGCAGAUGCAGUCACGCUGAGCCGGGUGAGGAAUCAUUUCAUCUUCAACGUCGAAUCGCUGGGAGCACUCAAGCCGGAUGUGAUUUUCGUGGAGGCAGCUAAAGUGCUGAAGAAGAAAUGCAAGAUGUUCCUGGACGAGAUUAAAGGUAACUAGUUUUGAAUUGCUAAGAAAUCAAUGUUUGUUUUUGAUGACCAAUCCCUGCUUUUGAAAUGAGCUCGAAAUGCUUGGUUUCCUAUUUUUAUGCCAAUGUGUUAAACGUUUGUGGGAUGCCCUACGCAUGGUCUUCUGUUUAUUUUAUUGACU